AUGCUCUCCCGUGCCAGUUUAUUCUGCCUGGUCGAUCACACCACAUGCCUCUUCAACCACCACCAUACCAGCAAGGCCACGACUAUCAUUAGUAUAAUUCCUACAACGGUCGGCCAGGUUAUUAUAGCAACCCAAUUCUCUCUCCAGCCUGAAUUCGGCGUACCUAUCCUAUCUAACUCCGACUUCAACCAUCCAAGAUCAAUUGGCCUUAACAACACCGGCAUCUUUUCUAGCAACAUCUUAGGAAUCUCUCUUACUAUGGGUUUGCACAAUCCGGUCCAUCCACUGGUAUUCGUUCCUAACAGCUGUAACAAAACGAAAGAGAAUUCUUCUUCUUCCCUAAGGUUAGGCUCAAUCCCUGCUUCCCCAGAAUGUCCCGCUGGGGUCCAAUUUACCUCCCUCAGCCUUCGAAGGGGGCUCCAAUUUCUGCCUCUGGGCCCUCCUGGGUGGGGUAGAGCUCGGAUGACCCUCUUUUCUCAGACUAGCAACCCAUUUCUCCCAUCCAUUCGAGUUAGGAUUGUUCCGUUUGGUCCAUCUUUCUCCUGCGAGGACAGGUUCAUCUCAGGUGACCCGCUCCUCCACAGCGCUAACACCUUCGCUCCUUACAAAUGGCCGAAAAGUGCCCGACCACACCACAUGUCCAGCAUCUCAGAGGUCUUACUUGCACUUGCAAGAUGA